AUGGAGACAGGCGGGCGGCGGCGGGGCGCGGCGUUGAGCGCGGCGUUGCUGGCGCUGUCGGCGCUGGCGUUGCUGCUGCCGCCGCUGGCGCUGCGGGCGGGCUCGGAGCUGCCGCCGGGUUUGCUGGAGGAGCUGCGGCAGCGGCGGCGGGACCUGCGGCGGCUGGCGGCGGGCGGGGCGGCGGCGGCGGCGGUGGAGGGCGGGCUGCGCUGCGGGGACGUGCGGAGGGCGGCGGGCGCGGCGCCGGUGCUGGGCUCCGGCUUCACCAAAGUGGUGGUGCGGGCGGCGCUGGCGGGCGGCGGGGCCGUGGCGCUGAAGUCGGUGCACGGGGCGGGCCGGGAGGUGCGGCAGUGCGAGCAGCGGUACGGGGCGCCCGCCGGCUGCCGCCGUCUGGCCGCUUACAAACUGCUGAAGGAGGUGACGCUGCUGCGGCGCCUGCGGCAUCCCGGCAUCGUGCAGCUGCACGGGCAGUGCUACGACGCUGGCGGGGAGCCCGAAGCCGGGGUCACGGCCGUGCUGGAGCUGGGAGCCCCGCUGGAGAUGAUCCAGCUUCUGCAGACCCCCUGGGAGGAGAGAUUCAAAAUUUGCCUGGGCCUUGUGGAGCUGCUGUUCUACUUGGCACACUCCCCUCUGGGCUCAAUAGUCCUCUUGGACUUCCAGCCGAGGCAGUUUGUUAUGGUGGAUGGGAACCUCAAAGUGACAGACAUGGAUGAUGCCAGCACUGAGGAGCUGUCGUGUGAGGAGGAUAAUGACUGCACUCUUGACUUCCCCACAAAAAGCUUUCCUCUCCGGUGCUCUUCAGCUGGGAAGUGUGAAGGAAUAAACGAGAAGAGGAACCUCUUCAAUGCCUAUCGGUAUUUCUUCACCUAUCUUCUGCCACACUCUGCACCACCAGCUUUGCAGCCCUUUUUGAGUGAUAUUCUUAAUGCAACAGGUAACUUACAAUAUGGAAUAAAUGAAACCCUGAGAGCUUUUGAAAAGGUUUUACAUCUGUACAAGUCUGGGCUCUACUUACAGAAAAGACCUCUACUUUUAAAAGACUACAUCUCCCUGCGGGGAUUCCGGACGGAGGAAGCAGAGCCCUAUAAGUGCUGGCCUUCCUACAGCCACCUGGGCUGCCUGCUCUCUGUCCACAGCCCUGAGGAGGCCGCUGCCAUUUGUAGCUCCCAGCCACAGUGUCAGAGUUUCAUCAUCAGCCAGCAGAGAACAUGGACAGGACGCCCACUCGCCUCAUUUCAGAGCAGCCCAACUGAUUUAAUACCGGAUACUACUGCUGUAGUCUAUAUUAAACGAUCAGCUUCCUUAGGGAGAAGACUUUAAAGACAAUGAGAUCACAUAGGACAAUCCUGGGAGGAACAAAUCACUGGGGAGAAGUUCAUCUCCUGAAAGGAAUAACAUGCUUUAUUUUGCUCGGGUUGUGAUCUCCCCGCCAGCUCAGAUUGAGUCAAAUACUGCUGUCUCCUUGAUCAAAGCUCCAGUUUCUUGUUGCAGAGUGCUCCUUCCCCGCAGCCCUGCUAGCUUGUUUAGCUGUUCCCACACUGCUGUUCUGCAUAAACAAUCCCAGUUUUAGUCAAAUGUGGCCAGGCUCUGCAAUACCUAGCCUUGUUGCUUCAGUAGUCAGCUUGUCAGCCAAGAAAUAGCAAUAGCUGCAGGGACCUGGCUGGAGUAAGCCCAGUUUGCUCAGCAGACUCCAAAUAACUUAGAAAUAGCACACACUGGAGAAUGCAGCGGCUCCUCCUGCAGCUACCAACAAGGUUUCACACCACUGUAGAUGGAAGGGCUCAGACCUCAGUGAGGGGGUGCAGACUGGGGUCUGUAUCCAGAGGUUGAAGCUGGGGAUGGCCUUCUGAGGAGGGUCAUGGUUCAGCUCCUUUGGGUCAGAGAAGGGAGACCGUGUGGAGGUCAUCUCUGGAGCCCAGUGUCGGGAUGCUUGGAUGCACGAUUUGGGUUUGACCAGGUGUGAUUUGCAAUACCAGCUCCCAUGUAUCAACCUUGAAGGUUUUUCUGUUACUUUCCGUGAAAGAGCAAGACAUUCAAAUUAUUUAUGUACAAAGUGUAACUCUGUAUGGUAAAGAAUGACUGUGUUUAUUCUAAGCAUGCUGUGAAUAGUUUUUCUUUUGUAAUAGCCUAUGUUUUAAUGCAACCAAAUGCAAGUGUUUCCUACCUUCAGCUCUCCCAGCAUUGUUACCCAUUCCUGAGGACAACCUGUGAGCACACACCUGCACAUGCUCCUCCCUGGGCUGCCUGCAGGCAUUGCCCUUUUCUUUUCCUGCAUGCUGAGAAAAAGCCCAAUUCUCUGCUGAACUCCCCCUGUUACAGGGGAAGUUUCCUAGCCUGGUAAGGGAGAGCUGUGCUGCAGCAUCCCUGUGAUACAGAGUUGAGUUUUCCUCCCAGCCUACACCAAGCUCCUGCCAGGGUUCUGCUGUGUUUGCUGUGAGCUGGUCCUGGAUUUCCUGAGGCAGGUGUUAACCAUUCAGCUCAUUAGUACUUGCAGCAGUGGGGCUUUUCUCAUACUGUGUAACCCCUGCUGGUUGAGUUGAGGCUCAGGGACUCUGGUUGUAAUAUCAAUUAAGGAGAAUUUCUAUUAGCAUGACAAGAAAGCUCUUCUUGCUGUGAUUAUCCUAUUGCUGCAGGCUUUUAAAAGGGGCAUGAUGGUGGACCCUGGGGAAGGUGGAGAGAUGGUCCUGCCAGGGGUCCUCCGUUAUCUUGCUUUCACCUCACCAAGCAUGGCUUUGGUUAUCUCCUUUGUGGUGCUUCACAUUAUCAAGAUUUAAUGAGAGUUUAUUCUAUCUCUCUCAAUAUAAGGAGGUAUAAAUCAGAAGUGUGUUCCCCAAAGUAAAGGUAAGUGCCAGCAUGGGGUCACUUCCAAGAGGAAGAAAUAGGGGAUGUGAACA